AUGCCUCGCACCGCAGAGACCGCCAGCUACCGCCUCAACCACACCAUGAUCCGUGUCAAGGACCCCAAGAAGUCGCUCGACUUUUACGAAAAUGUCCUAGGAAUGGACCUCAUCGACCAACACAAGGCCGACGACUUUACCCUCUACUUCCUCGCCUACCAGCACAACCCUAAGGAGCAGCGCGGAGAGCGUGAAGCCAUCCUCGAGCUGACGCACAACCACGGCACUGAAAACGACCCCAACUUUGCCUACCACAACGGCAACAAGGAGCCGCAGGGAUUCGGCCACCUGGCCAUUGCCGUCGACGACAUCCAGGCUGCGUGCGAGCGCUUUGAGAAGCUGGGCGUCAAGUUCCAGAAGCGCCUCACGGACGGCAAGAUGAAGUCGAUCGCCUUUAUCCUCGACCCCGACAACUACUGGAUCGAGGUCAUCCAGACGACGCGACCCCAGUGA